UGAGAUACCUGACUUCUGUGAUGUAACGGCACUGUGUAACGCUUCCUCCGCCUGCAUGAGCGGACUCGCGGUGCCUCUAUAUAUACCCGAGACGCAACAGGUCAAGCCAGAACCAACUCCAACUGGAACUAGUCAGCUGGACAAACAUUAAAGAUACAAAAUGGGAGGCAAUAGAACACUGGUGAACAGCUGCUGCUGUGGCUGCUCAUUGCGCACCGGCGCGCUCAUCAUAGCUGCCCUCAGUCUGAUAUAUGGGUUGCUUGGCAUCGCUUACAGCAUUUACAUUAUCGUUGCUGGUGUGGUUGAAGGCUGGCUGGACCUGGCCUUGGCUCUCCUCAACGUCAUCUUCGCCAUCAUCCUCAUUGUGGGUGUGCGCCAGUGUCGCCGACGUCUGGUGAUGGCGUGGGUGUGGGCAGCUGUACUGAGUGUGAUUUUGGGCGUUGUGUUGGGCGUCCUCUACGUCAUCCUCACCCAGUCCUUCGUCGUCGCCGUCAUCAUUGGUGCGAUAUCGGCCAUACAAGCUUACUUCGUGGUGGUGGUGCACUCCUUCGCUCAGACCCUGGAUGAGACGCAACAGGGAGCGUAAACGGCGCAGUACCACAAGCCCUGAUUGUUGGACAACUGCAUGCUCGUAUCUCGUGUGCUC